AAGAACUUGUGUUUAUUCUUCUGUAUAUGACCCCAACAGUCCAUUGACUUUGAAUAUAAAACUGGACUGUUAAGCAAUACGGUGACAUAGGGUUUAUAAAAUCAAUUAGCAAUUAUAGAUGUGCAUAAGUAAGGAAACGCUUACACACCACACGUAACAUAAUUCAAAGUCCAAUUAACGUUCUAAAAUGAAGAAAUGGAAACAAGAAGUAUUAGCGUGAGUUUCACAAACCUACAUAGAUACGUAAAAAAUGUCAACGGAUUCACCAAUACCAACAGCACCGGAACUACCCACAACAUCACACAAUAAUACGGCAGAAGGAGAUGCAUGGAAUACAGCAUUUAGUGAUAAUCACACAACUAAUACUUAUACCACUAACACAACCGCCACUAUAACAUCUUGUGAUUCGACUGAUUCUCCCAAUAUAAAAGAAAAGAUGGCGACGGCAUCAACACCAACGCCAUCAUCGACUGCUUAUUCAUUUCCUGGUAGUGCAUUGAAUAGUGAAAACUUCAAAGAUAAUACUAACAAUGAUAAGACCGCUGGCGGCGAUAAAAAAGAAGAGGAAAAAGUUGAAGAAUCCAUGUUUGAAUGCAACAUAUGUUUGGAUACAGCCAAGGAUGCUGUGGUCAGUAUGUGUGGUCAUCUAUUCUGUUGGCCCUGCUUGCAUCAAUGGCUAGAGACGAGACCAAAUCGUAAAUUAUGUCCAGUGUGUAAAGCUGCCAUUGGCAAAGAUAAAGUAAUACCUUUAUAUGGUCGCAACAGUACCAAGCAGGAAGAUCCAAGAAAUAAAGUUCCACCACGUCCUGCUGGCCAACGUACUGAACCUGAGCCCCAGCAAGGGCUUCCAGGAUUUAGUUUCGCUGACGGUUUUCACAUGUCCUUUGGAAUCGGUGCUUUUCCAUUUGGUUAUUUUGCAUCAUCUUUAAAUUUUGGCGAAGCACGCCCAGCACCUGCCAAUCGUGGUACAACUCAGUAUGAAGAUGAGCAACAGCUUUCGAAACUUUUUUUAUAUUUGGCGUUUCUGUGCAUUGCCUGGCUUUUGUUUGCAUAGCCAGAUGUUAAUAAGCUGUAUUAUUAUUGAAUAUUGAACAUACAUACAAAUAUGAAAAACGAAACUGCUCUAAAAUGAUGAUCAUAGUAAA